CUCUAAAAGAAGCUGCUAGUUCUAUACCAGCUUCUUCGUCUUCUUCAACCUCAACUUCAGUUCCCAUAAACCUUGAUUUAGAAAUUUUUCAAGAAGUUUCUAGCUCACUACCAAAUAAAGAAAUGGAUUUUGAAGUUUUUGACGUAUCUAAAAUUGCUAUUAUUAACAAAAUUUCACCAGUCAAAACUUUUGGACCCUGA